AUGUACGCCAAGAACGUUGUUCUCGCCGCCGCCGGCCUCGCUCUCGUCGAGCAGGCCCUGGGCUUCAACGCUCACCGUCAUGCCCACCAGCAGGCCAAGGAGAAGCGUGGUGACGACUGGGUUAUUGCUACUAUCGAUGGCCAAGUCGUGUCCUGGAUCAACAACUGGCACGGCCCUACCCCUGCCGCUCCCGUCGCCGCCCAGUCUACCACCACCGUCCCCGUCGUCGUUCCCACUCCUGCCCCCGUCGUUGCUGCUGCCGCCCCGACUACCACCUUGGUGACUUCCUACGCUCCCAAGGUCCAGGCCCUCGCCGCCUCCCCUUCCUCCUCCAAGGCUGCCGCCGCCACCGGUGCCGUCAGUGCCAAGGGUGCCUACUCUGGCAGCAAGCGCGGUCUCGCCUACAACGAUGCCAGCCUCGUCUCCAGCUUCAUGUCCAGCGCCGGUGAGAAGUGCGGCUGGGCCUACAACUGGGACUCCAGCUCCAACGGUCUUUCCGCGAACCUCAACUACGUCCCCAUGCUCUGGGGCCCCAUUCCCACCCACCUUGAACGCUGGACUAAGAACGCCAACGCUGCCAUCGAGGCCGGCUCUACCCACAUCCUGAGCUUCAACGAGUGCGACCUGCCCGCUCAGUGCAACAUGGGCGCCUCUGCCGCUGCCGCUGCUCACAUCGAGCACAUGAACCCCUACAGCGGCAAGGCCAAGAUCGGUGCCCCUGCCAUCACCAACAGCAACAUCGCUGGUCAGGGUCUCGACUGGCUCAGUGAUUGGGUCAAGGCUUGCAAGGAGGCCGACCCCGAAGACACCGAGAAGCAGUGCAAGUACGACUUCUGUGUCACUCACUGGUACUCUCCCGCCGACGCCGCCGACACCCUCUUCUCCCACCUCGAGAAGGUCAACAAGAUCUGCGAUGGCAAGCCCGUCUGGCUCACCGAGUUCGCUCCUCUCGGCAGCGACGACCAGAUCUCCAGCUUCGUCCAGGCCAACGUCCCCAAGCUCGAUGCCGUCAGCUACCUCGACCGCUACGCCUACUUCAUGGUCAAGGAUGGCGUCCUCAUGUCCGGCAACUCCGUGAACGCCCUCGGCAGUGCUUACGCUUCCGCCUAA